UGUUUUGAUGAACAAAACUUGCGUUGUAUAUAUACAGAGAUUUAAAAAAUGUUAUUAAUAUAAAAUUAAUAAGCCAUUAAAAUCUUCUAAGUUUGGAAUUUUCCACACAAAGCGAGACAAAUUAUCUAACCUCAUCGUCCAUCACUUUUGAAGCGAGAGGAGAGAAUUUUUUGCGUGUAAUAAAAAGUUCUAUUACAAAACUGUACUCACACACACACAUACAUUUUCAGAAUAAUUAUUUGAUAAAAAAAGAAAAAUGUAAAAGUAUUUAAAAUCGUCUAGUACCGAACAGAGAGAUCAGGCUGGAUUUUCACUUAACGGUAUGACGCAGCAGGAUUCCAGCUUUCAUGGUGCGAUCACAUGAGGUGCGUUUUCGUUUCCCUACCACGAGCGACCAGAAACAAACACGACCGUUUUCGUUUCUGGUUGUGACGUCAUCGAUGCAACCUGGUUGGUUGCGGUAGCUGCUACCGCGCUGCCAUGGUCCUGAGGAUGAUAGCGCGGUUGUGGUAGGUUGUUUGGCGCGAAAUCAAUUGUAGAGUGUUGACACGAUCGUAUACAUGGUGUAUACAACCGUGAGGUAAAUUCAUGGUGUAAAAACGAAAAUGGACAAUACGGUGCUCACCUUAAACGAACAUUUCCUCCUCGUGCGCGCUGAUGGUGACGUGCAUUCUAUUGAUGGCCAAAUGUUUUUCCAUCAUGUUUCAAGUGGAUCAUAUAUUUCUUUUCCCCUAGAUGAUUCCGUAAUCCAACGAUUUAAGUCUGCUAAUUCCUGUAAACCUUUUACAAUAAUAGAGGAUUCCAAUACUGCAGAGAGCUCUAGUGAAGAAAGCUUUAAAAUACGUAAUAUCUCACCUUUGUCGAGUGAAAUCUUUGACAGAAGCAACGAAGAGAUUUGGGUCAAAAAUAAUAAACCAUCACCACUGGAUAUUGCAGCCACACAUGACCUAAUUGAAAUUGUGGGACGUAAGGACAUUCAGAUGAUAUUAAAUGAUAAGAAAACUGUGAAGAAGAAGAUUUGGGAAAAAAUUGGUGUAGAACUAAAAGAAAAGUAUAAUUUUGGAACAAGAGAUGAAGGAUCUGUUUGCUCGCAGAAGUGGCGCAACCUUGAAAGUGCUGUGAUGCACUUUUUACAGAAUGCUGGUGCUGGCAGUUCUGGUAACGGAAAAGGAAAGAAACCAGCAUUUUAUGAUGAGGUAUUUGACAUUAUUAAAGGGAAACACAAAGCAAAACCAGUACGUUUGCUUGAUUCAUUGUCUAGAGAGGUAUCACCUACACUCAUUACCUCUAACGAGCAACCAGCGACGAUUCCGAAUGCUCCAAAUUCUUCAAAACAAACGAACAUAAGGAUUUGUAAUACUGAGUCUGAAAAUGCAUCAUCAGAUGAAAACGAUGGAAGCCCAUUCAUUCAUGUAAAGUCAUCCACGAAGCUAAAGAAACCUAGGAUUGAUAACACCUGCAUCCUGGAUUUUCUGAAAAAUGAGGCUGAGGAACGCCGUAAGCAAAAUGAAAGUUUAAUGAAACUAAUGCAAGAUUCAAAUGAUACUAAGAAAGCUUUUCUCAAUAUCAUUACCAAUAUGUUGAGCCACAACACAAGCUCAAAUAAAACUACUAAUUAAAAGACAUUGUAAUUUACAAAUAGAUAGCUAACAUUGAUUAACACAAGCAUUAAAUGUGAUAUGUUCCAUAUGUGAUAAAUAAUAGUUACCUUUUUAUUAUCUUUUUAUGAGAAUAUCCCAAGUAGCAAAAAAAUAUUUGAAACAUGUUUGAAACAACUUUUAAAGUCUUUGAAAAUGAAUUUCAAACACAUUUCAAAUAUACUUUUAUUACUUCAGAUGUCUCUCUCUAUAUGAUUUAUAUCAAUACAGAGGAUUAUUUAGUACUUAUAUUAACAUUUUAUUUAAACUACCUCAAAUUUCAUGUACUUAUACUAAAAGUGUUACAUUAUUUUAUUUUAAGUUAGAUUAUUAUAGUUUUAUUUUACUUAAGUUAGAAUUAUAUUUAUACUACUUACUGUAAGUUAAGAAGUAUUACAGAAAGAUUCUAGUUUUAUGUACUUACCUGUCAUUACCAAAGUGUCUUAGUCAUUUCGUAGUAUGUAAGGAACUGCAAAAAGCCCAGAUUUGUGUGUAAUAUGUAUCUUUUGGUGCCAAUGUAUAUCUAUUAGUUUUGUUCUAAGUUAAUAUUUAUUUUAUUCUUCAA